AUGGAGGGUGCGCAACGACUCAGGGAAGACUAUCCAUGGAUACAAACACCCCUCGUAGUAGGUGCGCCGAUGCGCCUAAUAGCGCUGGCAGACAUGGCUGUUGAGAUUUCCAAAGCAGGCGGUUUAGGGUUUAUCGGGGUCGGGACAGACACUUCGAAUUUGUCCUCUGACCUACAGGCCGCGGCCAAACUGAUUGAAAAAUCCAGUCUUACGAUGAACCACGACGUCAUGCCCAUCGGCAUAGGAUUCAUCAACUGGGGGGCCGAUCUGGAUACCGCCAUCUCUCUGAUAGCACAGUACCGACCAGCUGCGGUGUGGUUCUUCGCACCUACCUCCAUCUCCUCAUUAUGCGAGUGGACUGCUCAAACCCGGAAAGCGUCCUCGCGGACAAAGAUUUGGGUGCAAAUCGGCAGCAUGAAAGAAGCGGCCGAAGUGAUGCAUGCCGCACGACCUGAUGCGCUCGUCGUCCAAGGCACCGAUGCAGGAGGUCAUGGUCUGGUUCAAGGCGCGAGUCUCAUCACCCUCUUGCCUGAAGUGUCCGAUAACGUUUAUGCCAUGUGCAAAGAAGAGGGGAUUUCUCCGGCCAUUCUCAUAGCGGCGGGCGGUGUAGUAGACGCUCGCGGUGCGGCUGCCGCUCUCGCGCUCGGAGCCUCGGGUGUCGUUCUGGGAACGCGGUUUCUGGCUAGCCCGGAAGCCAACAUAUCAAAAGGAUACAGGGAUGAGAUACUCCGUGCAAGCGACGGAGGUCAGUCCACCGCAAGAUCCAAGGUCUAUGAUAAUCUGCGGGGCACUACGGGAUGGUCGGAGACGCACAACGCACGGGGUGUGAUCAAUAAGAGCUACGUAGAUGCGAUGUCUGGCAUGGACGAAGAGGAAAACAAGAAGUUGUAUGAAGAAGAAAUGAAGAAAGGGGAUGCGGGCUGGGGGUUUGAGGCACGGAUGACAACGUAUGCUGGGAGCGGAGUGGGACUUGUGAGAGAGGUCAAACCGGCGGGCGACAUUGUCCGGGAGGUCAGGGACGGCUCGACAGCUGUGCUAGAGGGGUUGAGGGGUAGUCCAAUUGAGGUGAAGCUAUAA